AUGACAGUAGUAACGCGCAGCGCGGCAAAGAAGAAGCUCUCGGGAACGACCCCUUCAUCGCCGCCUAGGAGAAGCACAAAUACCCCUAAGCCCAAGGCUAGGACCAUCGCCAGACCCCCUCCAAACCGCGCCCGCAACGAAAACCCCUCCUCCACCAACACAGGCUUUCGCACCACCUUGAUUGACAGCUCUGGAGCUGUCGUCACUGUAGCGCCAUCCGCUACAGGCCAAGGUGUGCACACGAGAUGGGCGUACGACCCCACUCCCUACGAACGCACCUCUCAAGACACCCAGAUGAACGAGGAAACAGGACCAACAACCCACUCUGCCUUACCGAGCCCCUCGAGCACACCUCCCUCAAUCAAUGCCCGCUACGUGACUCCUGCUCCACGAGAAUCGUUUUACCCAUCCACAGCCCUUUGCACCCCCCAGAAGGGUGUGCGCGCCAAAGUCGUGCGACGCAGCCCUCGUCGAGUCAAUGCCUUAGCUCCCGAGGUCAUUAUAGGCAACCAACGCUACCACCACGCCAUGGAGAAGGCGCUUAACCGCACCAAUGAUGGCGAGUCCAGCAACCUGAACGUCCUCCCGACUCCUUCGAAGCAAAAUAAAAGAGAUGUAUUCAGCAACCGAGCGCAAACAGCAGCGGCGGAGGCACCGAGACUUGGACAGCCGGUCUCGUUGCAAAGGGCACCCUUGGGAAGAUAUGAUACUAUCCAGUGGGAUGCAGGCUGUGGAGAGACGCCUGUUGCUUCGCCGAAAACGUGUGCGGAAUCUCCCAAACGGCGAUCUCCCCUGGUACGCAGCUUGGACAGUGGACCAGGACCCCUACUCGGCCCAAUGGGCACCCAGAUCAUUGGUCCAAAUGGAACGCACCUUCUCCUCGGCGCCACCGCCGGUCCAAUUUUAGAUACUCAAAUCAUCAACGAGAACGAUAGCAUGAUGGAUAUCACGAUGGACGAGGGUGGGCAUCUGAAAGGUCCUAUCGGGCCCCAUGGAGAGAAGUUGGGUCGUGAUGGGAAGCAGUUGCUCGGCCCGUCGGGGACACUCUUGCACUAUGAUAUGAAUCGACUUGCGGACAAGAUGCGGGAUGGAAGAGUUGAAGCGAAGGGAUUCUUAGGGGGCUCACCCAGUCGAGCCAGGAGGUUGGGUCCUAGUGGAAAUGCUCUCCUCGAGUGA